AUCUGUAAUUUGUGAUUCAAGUGUUAAGAAGUUUCCCUAGUAGGACGACUAGAUUUUGCAGCCUCAUUCAUUUGCCUCCCUUUUCAAGAUUCUCCUUAUAAAUCACUUUGCUACUUCCACUCAGAUCUUCUACAAAGACCCACUCUCUCGACCACUUUGCUUCCCAGGCAAUCAAUUAAGAACCACCCCCAUCACACGCUCCCAGAUCAACUCACUCAAGAUUUUCUUGAUUGAGUGAUGGGUCACUCCAAAGUCUCGAUUUUAAUUCAUGGGUCGUUGUCUAAAUCUUGAUUGUUUAAGUUUUAUACGAGUUUUGGCGAAUUGGGUGUGUGUGGAUUUGAAUGAUGAGGAGACGGGCCGCUGAUUUCCGGCGCCCGGUUCGCAGAAAUCUGUCGUGUUGGAUCUCAUCGCUUCUUGGGUUGUUUUGUGUUGCUGGAUUUAUUUUGUUUACUGUUCAGCAUUUUCAUGGGAAUGAUAUUAAGGAUCCGAUUCGACAGCCACCGACACUAGAUAAAACGGAUAAAAUUACUAGACAUGUAGAGGUAAACCAUGAGAGGUUAAACUUUACUGAAGAGAUACAAAACGCUCAUUCGUAUGCUAGGCAACUUUCAGAGCAAAUGACGCUUGCCAAAGCUUAUGUAAUUAUAGCAAAAGAGCACAAUAACCUUCAUCUCGCCUGGGAACUCACUUCAAAGAUUCGAAGUUGCCAAUUUUUGCUUUCCAAAGCUGCUAUGAGGGAGGAUCCUAUUACACUUGAUGAAGCUAAACCUUUAAUAAAGAGCUUAUCAUCAUUGAUUUUUAAAGCACAAGAUGCCCAUUAUGAUAUUGCAACCACAAUUAUGACAAUGAAAUCUCAUAUUCAAGCCCUUGAAGAGCGAACAAAUGCAGCAACAGUUCAAAGUACAGUGUUUGGGCAAUUAGCUGCUGAAGCAUUGCCCAAAAAUCUUCACUGUCUUAAUAUUAUGCUUAUGGCGGAUUGGCUGAAUAAAAAAUCUCUUCAGGACCUUGCAAAUGAGAAGGAGAACUCUCUUCGUUUGGUGGACAACAACCUGUAUCACUUUGCCAUAUUUUCAGAUAAUCUGCUGGCAGUUUCAGUUGUUGUCAACUCUACAGUAUCAAAUGCUGAUCAUCCCAAGCAGUUAGUUUUUCACAUUGUUACAAAUAAGGUAGCCUAUGGCCCGAUGCAGGCAUGGUUCCUAGGUAAUGACUUUAAGGGAUCUGCGGUGGAAGUAUUGAAGAUUGAGGACCUAACUUGGUUAAAUUACACAUACUCUCCUAUUCUUAAACGGCUAACAGAAGCAGAUGUGUGGGAAUACUAUUUCAAAGGUCAAUUAGACGACAGUAUUGAACCAAAGAUGAGGAAUCCCAAGUAUAUAUCUUUGCUGAAUCACCUACGGUUUUACAUCCCACAGAUUUAUCCACAGCUGGAGAAGGUAGUUUUUCUUGAUGAUGAUGUUGUUGUUCAAAAGGACCUGACUCCUCUAUUUUCAUUAGAUUUGCAUGGAAAUGUCAAUGGAGCUGUAGAAACUUGUCUUGAAGCAUUCCAUCGUUAUUACAAGUAUCUCAAUUUCUCAAAUCCGCUCAUAAGUUCAAAGAUCGAUCCACAGGCUUGUGGGUGGGCAUUUGGCAUGAAUGUUUUUGAUUUGAUUGCUUGGAGGAAAGCCGAUGUGACUGCACGAUAUCAUUACUGGCAAGAACAGAAUGCUGAUAACUCAAUCUGGAAGCUGGGCACCCUUCCAGUUGGUCUUUUAGCAUUUUAUGGGUUGACAGAGCCAUUGGAUAGGAGAUGGCAUGUAUUAGGUUUGGGUUAUGACUUGAACAUUGACAACCGAAUGAUAGAGAGUGCAGCUGUAAUUCACUAUAAUGGAAACAUGAAGCCAUGGCAGAAAUUUGGUAUUAGCAGAUAUAGACCUCUUUGGGAAAGGUAUGUGAAUCAGACCCACCAAUAUAUCCAAGAUUGUUUCAUAAGUUAAGCCUGAUCUGCUCAAAUUUUGGACUCAAUCCACAUCAUAGUUUACUCCAAAUUGUAAUCGCAUUACUGUAGAGUCAAAAGUAGAAAGUUUUGUUUCUAGUUAGAGCUUUUUGCUUUUUCUUUCGAUUUUAAUCUUAUCUUGGUACAAGGGAAAUAUGAUUCUUAUACACUAGACAGUAAAGCUAAAGAGGCAUCAGAAUUUAAUAUUUUUUUGGUUCAACCGGAUUUUAGUUGCUCCUAUAGUUAAUUUAUAAUAAUCUCUAAGCUUCUUAAAUCUUUGUAUUUUGUAUGUUACUGUUUUCUGGCACUCUUGCACCAGCUAAACUGGUAAAGUUUGUAAUAUUGUAUUAGAAUGCGAACUUUUUGGUUCAUUUUAUCUAUAUCGAGACAACUUGUCUA